AACGGCUUCCAACUUGGGGCGCGGCUGGCCCUCAGGCUCCUCGUAACGUCUGGGGAUCGCCUAACAAUGAUCGCGGACUGGGCAACGGCACCUUUAAUACUGACUUGGGUCGUUUGCCAGAGCCACAAGCAGCCGGAAAGGGUCCAGCACCUAUAGCACCCCCCAGCGCGCAGCGAGCGCAGGUUCAGAUGCCGCCCGUUCCCCAGGCUCGUCCUACCACGGGCAAUGCUCGCGAAGUGAAUGAGAUGAGAAACAGAUGGGCCCACUCGGUUCUGGAAGGGGACAAGAUCGUACUCGACGAGAAGAGGUCACAGCGCCUCGAACGUGAUCGGACUUUGGUGGAGCGCGGGCUUACUAUUGAACAAGCACAAGCCACGAUUAAAGAUACUUGGCGGCCAUCUGGAGACGGAAGACGCGAUCCUGCACAUGUUAUUCACCACGAUGUUGCUCGCGCUGCUGGCGCUGUUGACCAUUCAUCUGUAUUACCCCCCACAGGACCGUCAGCUGCCACUCAGUCUCGAAGUUCCUCCAGGUUCUUCCCUCCCAAGGACAGCAGGCACGAUUCCUCAGCUUCCCAUGCGGAACCAUCGAGGCCCAACUCACCUUCUCCACCGCCCCCGGAUAUGCUAGGUCAUCCGGCCUUCGAUGGAGACGCCAUGCACCCUCACGUGUCUCUUCCCCGACCGCAUCCCGUUGUCAAGUUACCACCUUCAGCUGCGGCGGCGCAAUCAGCGGCAGCAAGGUCGACUGGGCCAUUUGCUUGGGCAACGCCGGCUGGUUACAAAGAUGGCCAGGCAGCUCAUGGUCGUGGACCUUAUCAGCAGAACCACGUAUCCCAGCGGUCGCAAGAUUCCGCAGGAAACGAGAACUGGCAAGAUAGGAUCAACAACCUGCUCACGGGACGAAAGCCCAACUCUCCACCAAAGGCACCCGGUGUCGAGCCUGUCACUAAGAGUGCUCUCGACUACUCUGGCCACUACGAUCCGGCUACUGUCUCUCUACCUCGCUCAGUCACCCAGAACUUGUCAGACGAUGUGAAGUCUUUCACUACAAAGCCACUGGCGGAGGAAUGUUUCGAGGAGCAGGAAAUGGGAUCGCUUCCACGGAUUCAUCUUCCCCAUAAGACUCCAGAGGCUGCAUGGCAGCCUACUUCCGCCCCCAUCAAGCCUCUGCCCAGGCGCUUCUGGGUUUCUGACAUCGAGACUGUUCGCUCCUUGUGGUUCCCCCAUGAGAUGUCGACUAGCGGCAGUGUCUAUCGCAUUCUUCUUCCCGGUAUGGCCGAUGCCAGGACUGUUCCGCUUUCUUUCUCCAGAUCAGGAAGCAAUCCACGACGGUCCAGCGGGCGUGGUGGCGGUGGGCAGCGUGGAUCGGGCCCUAAUCAUCGAGGCGGCAAAGGGCGAGAGCCUUCGUACUCUGGUGAGGCAAGCAGUUCGACACCUCCCCCAAGCCGAGGAGGUCGCGGUGGCUACCGUGGCCGCGGGUCCGAGAACUGGUCCCGCAGAACUACCCCAACGCAGGCAGCCUAA